GCGUGCGGGAGCGCGCGAGGUUUGUGGGCGGUUCUGGGCGGGCCCUCACCUGACAUCUCUGGAAGGCUCGGCUAAGAGUCAAGUUGUCGAGGUCGUCUCAGGUGAGGGGGUCUUGCCGGAAGUGGGUGUGCCGCGCGCUUCGGUGUUGAAAGAAAGCCGCGGGAGGACCUUUAGUCGUUCAAGGGGGCGCGGCACCGCUGGGAGCUCUUCGCGGCCCCCGCAGCAGCCAUGGCGAAAGGCAGAGUCUCCGAUCGAUCGCAGACCGAGAUGUUGCAUUCGACCCCAGCCGGGGACCUGGCAGUUAAGACGCAGCGUUCCGCCGCCGCGCCUGGCAGCAAAGAUCUUCUGAAAGAAAAGCCUUGUGCAGAAGCUGGAUCAGCAAGAACAUCACUCCUUAUACUGCUGUCCAUUUUUUCAUGUGCAGCUUUUGUUAUGUUUUUGGUAUAUAAAAAUUUUCCUCAGCUUAGUGAGGAAGAGAGAGUGAAUAUGAAGGUUCCGAGAGAUAUGGAUGACGCCAAGGCUCUAGGAAAAGUUCUCUCCAAAUAUAAAGAUACCUUUUAUGUACAAGUAUUGGUUGCUUAUUUUGCUACAUAUAUUUUUUUACAGACGUUUGCUAUCCCAGGUUCCAUAUUCCUCAGUAUACUCUCCGGGUUCCUUUAUCCCUUCCCACUUGCCUUAUUCCUUGUUUGUUUGUGCUCUGGACUUGGUGCCUCAUUCUGCUACAUGCUCUCCUACUUAGUUGGAAGACCCGUUGUAUACAAAUACCUGACAGAGAAGGCAGUGAAAUGGUCACAGCAGGUAGAGCGUCACAGAGAACAUCUUAUUAACUACAUUAUAUUUUUGAGAAUCACACCAUUUCUGCCUAAUUGGUUUAUUAAUAUUACAUCUCCAGUGAUAAAUGUACCAUUGAAAGUGUUUUUUAUUGGCACUUUUCUAGGUGUUGCACCUCCCUCUUUUGUAGCAAUCAAGGCAGGAACAACUCUAUAUCAGCUUACAACUGCAGGAGAAGCUGUUUCCUGGAACUCGGUAUUUAUUCUGAUGAUUUUGGCUCUUCUUUCUAUCCUGCCAGCCAUCUUCCAAAAAAAACUAAAGCAGAAGUUUGAGUGAAAAACCAUGGCUUUCCGUUUACCACCGCCAUCACUCCUGCCACCACCGCCAUCUCAGGAUUAGCAGGUGGAUUCAUUUUAUGUUUGGAAAUCACCUUUAGUAACUGAAAGGAGGACUUAAAAUAUCCCAUGAGAUAGAUAAUGCACUUAUGUGGCAAGGGAGAACAGAAACUGGUGUGCUAUGAGAAGUGCUGUCAUCUGCAUCUGACCUGUGAGAUACUGUACACAUUGCUGUUCCAGGAUUGGCUCUGAGACAUCAUUCAUAGUGGCUUGGUUUGGGAUUCUUACUCUAAAUGAUUCAUUUGAAGUGUUUUUCUCUUUUAUGUCUGACUGAAGACUGAAAUAGUGAACUCAGGUACAGUGGAACAUCCUUAUAACCCCAGCUGCUCAGGAGACUGAGGCCAGAGUAUUGCUAGUUUGUGAAUGUCACAAGACACCCUGUAUUAAAGGAAAAUAAGGAACAAUGAAAUUAAUAAAAAUAAAAAUUCAGAGCACAAACCAAA